UUUUAUAAAACUCAAAAUAGUUCGGUCACAAAUUGAAAUAAUGGCAGAUGAUGAAGAAAUGAUUCAAGAUUUCGAUGAGUUCGAAGAAGAAAAUGAUGAAGAUGAAAAACCUAAUGAAGACUAUGAACAAAUUGAUGUUGCACCCUUAAAUGAAGAUAUUACUAUUGAAAGAAAGGAUCCCUCACAAAGAAUUACCACACCUUUUAUGACAAAAUAUGAAAGAGCACGUAUUCUAGGAACUAGAGCCUUGCAAAUAAGCAUGUGUGCUCCAUUAAUGGUUGAAUUGGAAGGUGAAACAGACCCCUUGCAAAUAGCUAUGAAAGAAUUAAAAGCCCGUAAAAUACCAAUCCUCAUCAGAAGAUAUCUGCCUGAUGGAUCUUAUGAAGAUUGGGGUGUUGAUGAAUUAAUUAUUACUGAUAUUUAAUUGAUUUAAUAUAUUUUACAUUGUAAACAAUACCUUAUACAUAUAUAUAUC